CACUUUUAAGACCUAUUUUUUUGAACCAAUAUUCACACAAAAGGUAAAUUUAAGGUUCGGAUAUUGUUUAAUUAGUUCUAUUGAUUGUUUUGGAACCGUUUGUAGUCGCAUAGAGGGGUUUUGAAAUUUGUCCGAAUUUUCGUCCAAGUGGCCCUUUAAAAACGAUUCCCAAAGGAAUAAAAACCAUCAGAGGCCAUUCUAGUGGAAUAUCUUUUGUUUGCUAAUGAAUAAGGACUUCGUUUAAUUGCUUACAAUUAUUGAGAGCGUGAAACGUUGUUUGCAAAUAAAGAUUUUCGUUUGGUUGUUAUGGACAAAAAACGCCAUAAAUUACUGCACCAAAGAAGGAUAAUGAUGGAUGAAGACGACUCAAGUAGAAGACCUCAGUUUAGCACCAUUACUUCUGGAUGGGUUAGCGGUAAAAACGAACUCAUAGGAGACUUGAACCUAGCUCACGGGUUUCUUGGAAUAAGACUUAAAGUUUCAAGGGAAUCUGUUAAGAACAUCAAACCGAUUGCUGUGAAGUUUCGUAUCAACAACAAGACCCUGUAUGAACCAUUCUUAGAAGGAAAUGAUCAUCGCGUUCACGAUAUCAUUCAAAUAUAUCCUAAAGAUUAUGUCUUUAACCCUCCCGCUGAGAUGACGGUGCGGUUACCAAGCUGUGUAAACCAAAAGACCGCUGGUCAAGUGGUAUGCAUGUUCAGUAAUUCUUUCGCUGUCAAAAACGAUGUAAGGUUCCUACAAUGGGGUCGAAUCGACUCCAGGUUGUUUAUUAUGAAUCCUUUGAGGACAGAAGCGAAAAUAAUUUGUAAAUAUUCAGGAUUUUAUACGCUGAUUUUAACUCAAUGUCCUGAAGUUACGAGCAAGGUGUCACCUCGACAAGAACUUAUUGUUCAUGUUGAAGAUUAUCCCGGGAUUAAAAUAGCUUACGACACCGGUUGCGUGAACUCAGAUACCAAAGUAACCCUUAAAGUCGUAUGCUUGGAGGAUUUAUACAACUCACCUUCGGCAAGCCCGACAUUUAACGACUCUCGUCGAAGACUUCCGAUCCAAAUCCGAGAAAAUGCUAAUGAGAAUAUGAUUGAUGUAACCGGAAGUCCAGUGGUUCUCGUUCGACCAAUCAGGACGAGGUUUUGUAAACCCGUGAAGCUUUCGUUGCCGCUGCUGGGAAAUGAGUUUGAUGGUUUCUUUGAGAAAGAGAGUAGCCGACUUGUGGUGUUAGCAAGUCGAGAAAUGGAGGACGAAGCUAUCAUUUGGCACCAUCACUACAGCACUCCAGAGGUCGAGACAACAAAAAAUGGCAAAAAGAUUGCAACAUUCUUGAUUACAAGCGGCGGUCUGUUCAAACUGGUCAGACGUUUUCCAAACAAACACAUGCACUUUAUCGAGCAAGUCUCCUCUCGCAUCUCCCGUGAGCUGUGCACAGCAACCUCGCCCGACGUCCUGGUGACGCCAUUACUCAAAGGCUUCAUCACCGAGAUAGCUGAACCAGGAAAGCAGUUUGUACUUCGAAUAUCUCUUCUCGAUUCUUCACAGGCCUGCAACCCAGAUAGUUGCUUUGUCUACGAAGUUUGUUCCCAGCCUCUCACGGUACCGUUAGGCAAAGUUCGUAUUUUAGUUCGCGGGAGAUUUGAACCUGACCGAGACGCCGCUGACCACUCGGAAGAGAGGACCACCAUGUUCCUUGGUAAAACCACCUUUGUGGAUUUUAACUUGAAACUGAGGCUCAGUGAUCCGACUAAGCUCCCAGAGACUAUUGGGAAGGUUACGAUCCAUUCUACCGCUGACAUGCAGUAUUGCGUCACUCUACAAAAGCCUACUCCCAUCGCCAAAGAACUCCAUUGUAAACUUGGAGGAGAUAGACGCAAGUCACGUGAUUUACGACAGAAGAAGCCACUCCUUCGAAGGCAUACUGUCUCAUCUCUCGGUAGUAGCCACGUGAUCAAUUCUUUGCCAGAGUCCCGCGCUCACGAGGAUUUUGGUGUCAAACGGAGGCGGCAAGUGUCUUCUUCGUUUGCUGGUGUUCCAAGGUUAACAGCGAUAGGAGAUGAGAAAGAAGAAGGAGAAGAAGAAGAAGAAGAAGAAGAAGAAGAAGAAGAAAAAGACGAAGUAGAAGAAAAAGAACGAGAUGGAAAAGAAGAAGAAGAAGAGGAAGUGGAGGAAGAAGACGAAGAAGGAGAUAUUUCCAUAAGUGGACAAAGUACCACCAGUUACAGUUCGUUUGGCGGGAAUUCCUUGUCUUUGUAUGAUAAACCAGAGCAAAAAGAAAACGAAACUUCUAAUCAAGAUUAUACAGACGAAAAAAUAAAUAUGGCGGGCGACGGCUCUAAGCAUGACAAAGAUCUUGACAGAAGGGAUUCUUCGACAUACAGUGACAUUAAAGAAGAGAGUACUAUGAGUAGUUCUACUGCGUCUAUAUCACGAGGUAAAGAAAGUCAGCUUUCUUUAAGGUCAGAGCGAGAAGAUGAGAAAUAUGAAGAUAGUGAUUGGUCAAACGAUAAUG